AUGUAUUUCAAUGUUUCGCAGCUGCUGAAGGAAAUGGGUGGUGCUUUCCGCACCUACGAUGUGAAUGAUUUUGCCAGCCUUGUAGAUGGUGCGCCUAUGACGCCCAUCUCGGGAGUGGUGAAGAUGAUGAGGACGGAUGCAGGUAUCUGGGUUAGCGCGCAACUGACUACAUACGUGGACUGUGAAUGCAGUCGCUGUGUCGCCGAUAUGGAACAGUUCGUGCGUAUGGAGAUAGAAGAGGAGUAUCUGCCGGAAGUCGAUGUCAAUACGGGUGCGAGGCUUAACUUCCCCGACGCGAUGGCCGAGAACUUCUAUAUAGAUCAGACGCACAUGCUCGACAUGAGCGAGGCGAUAAGGCAGUACUUCGGUUUCAGCAUGCCCUUUAAGCCUGUGUGCAGCGAUGAAUGCAAGGGAUUGUGCUUGACUUGCGGCGCUGACCUCAACGACACUAGCUGUUCCUGCGACAAUGUUAUCAGGGAUCCGAGAUGGGGUCCGCUUCUGGCAUUUGCAUUGCCUAAUGAGCCACACUACAAUUGA